CGUCAUUGGCCAAUUCGACGAAUGUAGCGUCAUCAUCUCAGGGCGGGGUCUCCACUCCACCUGGAUCACCACAUGCCGUUCGCUCGGGCUGAAGCGCUAAUCGUAACGUCUCUCUUCCGAAGCUAAGAGCUCUAAGGGAUGUGACGACCAAUUGGAGGCUGUUUAGUCCGCGGCGUGCAGAAGAGCUGGAAGGACCAGGGUAGCUCUUUACCUAACAGGAGCUCGUCAACGCGUAGGUAGAUACUGGGGGGCAUGACCUUUCGUGUCGGUAUUUACUGCAGCUUUCCACGUUCCCUUUUCUUCGCUUUCUUUGAGCUCCUUUUUCCAAUUCCCUCCAUUUUCUGAUUCGAAUCCAAAAAUGAAGCUCUCUGCGACCGUCCUGAGCUUCGCAGCCGUCGUAGCAGCUCAUGGCGACCAUGAUCACGACCAAGAGCCAAUGUCUGGGCCUCUCGAAGGGCUGUGGUACAACACUAUCCCUGGCGAUGGUGGAACUCAGGCAGAUUCCGUCUUUUCCGGAAUUUCCACCUUCGGCCGCAUCAAAUAUCAUCCUUGUCUCUCGAAUAGCGACGUGAACUACGAUAUUGCGUUUAUUGGCGCUCCUUUUGACACCGGCACUUCAUACCGCCCAGGAGCUCGGUUUGGCCCAAGCGGCAUUAGACAAGGUUCUCGCCGUCUCAAUCUCUAUGGCGGCUACAACGUUCCGUUGGACGCGAACCCGUUCAACUCGUGGGCGAAGGUCAUUGACUGCGGUGACAUUCCCGUUACUUCAUACGACAAUGCCUACGCGCUUCAACAGAUUGAGCAUGGCCACAACUACCUUCUGAAGCGAAAGCCACACACAAACGCUGCGGUGCCAGGUUUCUCCAAGAAGGGCAGAACUUUGCCGCGACUGAUCACCCUCGGUGGUGACCACACCAUCACGCUUCCCCUGCUGCGUUCCAUUAACCGUGAAUACGGCCCUGUGAGCGUCAUCCACUUUGAUAGCCAUCUCGAUACAUGGAAGCCCAAGGUCUUUGGCGGCUCCCCGAGCGAGCAAGCGAGCAUCAACCACGGAACCUACUUCUUCCAUGCUUCGCAAGAAGGCCUUCUCGCUAACGACUCCAACAUCCACGCCGGCAUCCGCACAACGCUAUCCGGCCCCUCCGACUAUGAGAACGACGGCUAUUGCGGCUUCGAGAUAGUCGAAGCUAGGGAAAUUGACAAGAUUGGCACCGACGGCAUCAUCAAGAAAAUCAAGGACAGAGUUGGAACGGAGAAGCCUGUGUACUUGAGUAUUGAUAUUGACACCCUCGAUCCGGCUUUCGCGCCGGCUACCGGCACCCCUGAGACCGGUGGAUGGACCACACGUGAGCUGCGAACCAUCAUUCGCGGUCUUGAGGGCGUCAACCUCAUUGCUACCGAUAUCGUUGAAGUCGCUCCCGCUUAUGACACCAACGCCGAGUUGACCACAAUGGCAGCUGCUGACGUCUUGUACGAGGUCAUGACUCUUAUGGUCAAGCGCGGCCCGUUGAGCAUCGAGGGUGCUGGUGAGGACGACGUGGUCCCGGAGCUCAAGGCGUAGAGAAGUCUAAGGAUCACAAUCAUAGAAGAAUGU